AUGGCAAUCAGCUUCCUGGCCCCCCUGCCUGGGGGCAGCCUGCCCUCAGCUGGCAUUGAGAAGCCUCACUCUGGGCAGAAGCACCCUGAGACCAGCAGAGGACAGACAAUAGCUGUGGGGAAAGAAAAUGAGUUCCGGGGUGAGCUGCUGAGCCAGAGGUGGACACACGGAGACAAGGCCAGCGACUGCAGGACCUCGAGGCUUCUGGACGGACACAGCAAGAUGAGCUUAGAGAACGAGGAGAUGCGCGCUCGCACCAGAUCCAAGGCCCUGCGAGCACCCCUGGAGCCCACAGGUGCCGAGCUCAGCUGCCCCACGCCGGGAUGCUCGGGCUCGGGGCACAUCCGUGGCAAGUACUCCAGGCACCGGAGUUUACAGAGCUGCCCGCUGGCCAAGAAGAGGAAGCUGGAGGGCCCCGAGGCCCAGCACCUGGUGUCCAAGCGGAAGUCACCCCCGCUGAAGCUGGCUCUGGACGAGGGCUACGGCGUGGACAGCGAUGGCAGCGAGGACGCCGAGGUGAAGGAUGCCUCUGUUUCGGAGGAGUCGGAAGGCGCCCUGGAGGAGGCCGAGGCCGAGAUGGCAGGACAGGAGGGGGCUCGGCGCCCCCCGCCCGCUGAAGGAAGGAGCCCCAUCCAGUCUCAGUUCAAUUCCAACCCCGUCGGCACCCCCACAGGCUCCUGCAAAGGCAGCUACAGCAGCUUCCAGGAAGCCAUCGCCACUUCCCUCCUCGACCUGGGCCAUGUCACUGAGGAGCCCCUGGUCAGGGAGGGCUCCGGCCAGCAGGCCAAGCCGGGCCCCGGUGUCCUGCACCUGGUGCAGGAGGAAGCGGAAGGAGGUGCUGCCAGCGACAGAGGGGAGAAGGAGGUCUUUAUCCAGCCGGAGGACAUCGAGGAGGUCAUCGAGGUCACCAGUGAGUACACUCAGGGGCCCGGCCCUCAGUUCCUGGAGGGCGUGGCCAGUGAGGCGCUCCACCAGCAAACAGUCUCUGGGGACCACGAGGAGAAAGAGGAGGAGGAAGCUGAAGAGGAGGAGGAAGAGGAAGAGGAGGAAGAAGAGGAGGAGGAGGAGGAGGAGGAGGAGGAGACCGAGGACGAGGAAGACGAAGAGGACGAGGAGGAGAUCACUUCUGAUGCGACCUGCCGGGAGGGCGCCCCUUGUUCCCCCCCAGAACAGGCCCCUGAGCCCCACAGCCGCAAGCCCGAGUACUCUGUCCUGGUGGAGCUGCGGUCUGAUGACGGCAAGGAUGAGGACUCGCGCUCCCAGAAGUCCGAGGUCACGGAUGAGUCCGAGAUGCACGACAUGAUGACACGGGGGAACCUGGGCCUCCUGGAGCAGGCCAUCGCCCUGAAAGCUGAGCAGGUGCGGGCUGCUUGCGAGCCCGGGGAGCUGGGCCUGGGUGAGCCGGUGAAGGUGGCCAGGCCCCUGGAUGCCACGCGGAAGACCUACUGCAGCAAAGAUUCCUCAAGAGCAGAGAAACGUGAGAUCAAGUGCCCAACCCCGGGCUGUGAUGGCACCGGGCACGUGACAGGGCUGUACCCGCACCACCGCAGCCUGUCAGGGUGCCCCCACAAGGACAGGAUCCCUCCAGAGAUCUUGGCCAUGCACGAGAACGUGCUCAAGUGCCCCACCCCCGGCUGCACAGGCCAGGGCCACGUGAACAGCAACCGGAACACGCACAGGAGUUUGUCUGGGUGUCCCAUUGCUGCUGCAGAAAAGUUAGCCAAAUCUCACGAGAAGCAACAGCCGCAGACAGGAGAUCCUUCCAAGACUGACUCCAGCUCAGAGCGGAUCCUCAGACCCAUGUGCUUCGUGAAGCAGCUCGAGGUCCCUCCAUAUGGGAGCUACCGGCCCAGUGUGGCCCCUUCCACGCCCAGGGCCAACCUGGCGAAGGAGCUGGAGAAGUUCUCCAAGGUCACCUUUGACUACGCAAGUUUUGAUGCUCAGGUUUUUGGCAAACGCAUGCUUGCCCCAAAGAUUCAGACCAGCGAAACCUCACCUAAAGCCUUUAAAUGCUUCGACUACGCCCACGACGCCGAGGCCGCGCACAUGGCCGCCACUGCCAUCCUGAACCUUUCCACACGCUGCUGGGAGAGGCCCGAGAACCUCAGCACGAAGCCACAGGAAGCGCCCAGCAAGGCAGUGGCCAUCGAGGUGGAUGAGCAUGGGACCCUGGACCUGAGUAUGCGCAGGCACCGCAGGCGGGAGGGCGUGUUCCCCGGCAGUGGCGGCCCCGAGCCUGGGGUGAAGGCUCCCGAGGCCUCCCAGCGCCAGAGCAGCACCAGUGCCCCCGGAAGCUCCAUGACGCCCCAGUCCAGCCAGGCCUCCCACCAGGAUGAAUGGGACCGGCCUCUGGACUACACCAAGCCCAGCCGCCAGCGAGAGGAGGAGCCCGAGGAGUCAGAGCCAGCAGCCCAUUCUUUUGCUUCUUCUGAAGCAGAUGACCAGGAAGUGUCCGAAGAGAAUCUUGAAGAGCGGAAGUACCCCGGGGAUGUCACCCUGACCAACUUUAAGCUGAAGUUUCUCUCCAAGGACAUCAAGAAGGAGCUGCUCACCUGUCCCACCCCGGGCUGUGACGGCAGUGGCCACAUCACCGGGAACUAUGCCUCCCACCGCAGCCUCUCUGGUUGCCCUCUUGCUGACAAGAGCCUCAGAAACCUCAUGGCUGCCCAUUCUGCUGACCUCAAGUGCCCCACGCCCGGCUGUGAUGGCUCUGGCCACAUCACGGGGAACUACGCUUCGCACCGCAGCUUGUCAGGCUGCCCUCGUGCCAAGAAGAGCGGCGCCAAGGUGACGCCGACCAAGGACGACAAGGAGGACCCCGAGCUGAUGAAGUGUCCAGUUCCAGGCUGUGUGGGGCUUGGCCACGUCAGCGGCAAGUACGCCUCCCACCGAAGCGCAUCGGGCUGCCCGCUGGCAGCCCGCCGGCAGAAGGAGGGCUCCCUCAAUGGCCCCUCGUUCUGGAAGUCGCCGAGGAACGAGGGACCCACGUGCCCCACUCCGGGCUGCGACGGCUCCGGCCACGCCAACGGCGGCUUCCUCACCCACCGGAGCUUGUCCGGCUGUCCCAGAGCAACCUUUGCUGGAAAGAAGGGAAAACUCUCAGGGGAUGAUGUUCUCGGCACGAAGUUUAAGACGAGUGAUGUGCUGGAGAACGAUGAGGAGAUCAAGCAGCUGAACCAGGAGAUUCGAGACCUGAAUGAGUCCAACUCAGAGAUGGAGGCCGCCAUGGUGCAGCUGCAGUCUCAGAUCUCCUCCAUGGAGAAGAGCCUGCGGACCAUCGAGCAGGAGAACAAGCUCAUCGAGGAGCAGAACGAAGCCCUGUUUCUGGAGCUGUCGGGCCUGAGCCAGGCCCUCAUCCAAAGUCUUGCCAACAUCCGCCUUCCGCACAUGGAGCCAAUAUGUGAGCAGAAUUUCGACGCCUACGUGAGCACCCUCACCGACAUGUGCUCCAGCCGGGAGAGCUACCAGAACCCCGAGCACAGGGCCCUCCUGGAGAGCAUCAAGCAGGCCGUGAGGGGCAUCCAGGUCUAGGCCCCCAGCUGGGCUCCGUGUUACCUCCCCCACACUGCCCUCCCGGAGGUUCCCAAGUCACAGUGACUUCUGGGGGGAGCCCGCCUCGCGGGUGAUCAGAGGGGUGCCUGGAGGGCGGGCUCCCUCCGAUGCUGGUCAGGCCGAGGCCGCAGCCUCCCUGAGCGAGGGCAGAGUGUGAAGUAUUACAAAGGGAUUUAUUUUUGUUUUCUGAAAAUAAUCUGAGGAACAGCUCGAGGUCUCCCGUGGUUCUCAGGGAAGUUUUGGAGUUUGCAACCACGGUGUUCCCGUGUCUGUGGCGCCGGGGGUGGCCGUGGCCUGAGCCUGGGCCCAGCCGGCGCGGCUGCUCUGCGAGGCCAGUGUGGCGAGUGUGUUUUCUGUUUUCAGUUAAUUCAGUUUUGUGUUAAGAAUGGAACAGAGCACUGCUCCAGAGGGUAAGGUGGGAGCAGGCCUGCAGCCCACCGUCAGCUCCAGGUGUCUGACCGGGGCGCCCCUGCGAGUCAGCGCUGGCUCACCCAGAAAGCAUCU